AUGAAGAGAAAACAAGAUCAUCAAGCAUCAAAAGCAGCAAAGAGAAUGGCUAGUCAUGCCGAUGAACAUUCCAAAUAUGAAGAGCAAAUGAUGAUGGUUUGGAAAACUAGAAAUAUACUUAGAGAAGAAUGCGAUAAAGAAACUUUACGGCUAAUAAAGUCUCAAAAUGGUGAAACUCCCACUAGCGAACAGACUAAUCUAAACGACUGCGCUGAGCGAAUAGUAUUCGGAGCUUUCAAACCUUGUCCUAAUUGUAACAAAUCUUCCAAAUAUUUCAAAGAAACAUCGAAUGGCUUUGUUUGCACAGGUGGAAUCGCCAACAUUCCAUGCGAAUAUGUUACAGAAAAACGCGAGAGAUGCGCUUGCAAAAUUUCUGAAGAACUAAAGGCCAAGUCUCCCUUUCUUAAUAGUUAUUCCUAUACACCUCUCGAUCGGAUCCAAUUAAACAAAGACGAAUCAUGCUUUAUUCCUGAAAAAUUAAAGCAUCGAUGUAUCCAUAGAGAGAGUAUCGUAAAGCAGAAGCCCCUAGGCAAUAUUCGCGUAGCUACUAUUGGCAAGCUAGAAGAGAAUAUGUCCAAUAUCAGGAAGAAAAUUGAAAAUUUAGGAGGAAUUUUUCAUGAACAGAUCUCAAAAUAUGUAGAUUUGUGUGUUGGUCGACUAGAUAAACUAAACAAGAAAUUAAAAGAAGAGAUCGAUAAUCUAGGAUUGCCUACAGUUUCAGAAGAAUGCCUGUCAGCUAUUACAGGUGACAACUUUGAUGAGACUAUCACGAAAUAUGGCGUUAGUAAUUGCACUGCAGAGAAGGUCGCCAAGAUUAAGAAUACACGAAAAGGCUUUUACUCAACAAAUAUCAUUUCGCCAUCUGGCCUAGCUAUCACUGAUCCACACAGCGGUAAUAGCUGA